AUGAAGAAUCAAGGUGCAGCAAUCUCAAAGCUGGAAGCACAAGUGGGGAUCUUAUCCAAGAAAAUUCCAAUGCCUACACACAGAUUUCCUAGUGACACCAUGGCCAACCCAAUUGGGGAAUGCAAGGCCAUCAUACUUAGGAGUGGAAAGGUGGUAGAAGAGGCAACCCCAUGCCAGGAGAACCACGAAGAAGAUGCUGCAGAAAAGCCUGAAAAUAAGAAGAAGGAAGAGACCCCUGACCCAUCUUCACCAAAGCCAGUCUUGAAGCCUUAUGUGCCAAAGGGACCAUACCCACAAAGGCUAAGGAAGGAUGGGAAGGAUGGCCAGUUUUCCAGAUUCUUGGAAAUCUUCAAAAAGCUCCAAAUCAAUAUACCAUUUGCUGAAGCACUAGAGCAAAUGCCCCUCUAUGCCAAGUUCUUGAAGGAACUCAUGACAAGUAAAAGAAACUGGGGAGAAAAGGAGACUGUAGUCCUAACUGAGGAGUGUAGUGCCAUCAUAUAA